UCGUGCGGGGUUAACAGAACGACAAGGAGUGCAAAGCUCAAAACGGCGGCGUCUGAACCCAAGGCAGAUCGCAACCAGCUUCUCCUCUUUCCUCGUGUCGUCGUUGCCUGAGAACACUCUCCACCGGCAUCUUUAUUCGUUUUGUUAGGACAUUGGUACAGUGUAGCAAUCUAGAAAAUGCUUUCAGGCGUGAAAUUCAUUCCCCGGGACCAGGUGCAUGAUGAGGACUUGGAUUCUAUCUCGAAAGAAAGGAAAAAAUCAGAUAAGAGGAGGGGAAAGAGUAAGAGGAAAGGGAGGAGCUCUAGGAACAGCUCCGAUGAUGAUGAUGAGCUUGAUAAGAUAAAGAAAGGAUCUAGAAAGAAGAAAUGGUAUUCGUCCGAAGAAGAUUCUUCAUUUUACACAACUGAAAGUGAAAGUGAGCAAGAUGAAAAGAAGAGAAGGAGGAAAGCAAAAAAGAAAAGGGAUGAUGGUGAUUCUGGUGAAAGGUCAAAAGGAAGAUCAAGAUCGAUGAGUGGUAAAAAAGAAUAUACAUCUGAGGAUGAGGAAGACGCCUCAUGUUCUUCUGAUGGUAGUGAUAGUUUUUUGGGUCGACAAGGGAAGCGCCAAAAGUCAGACAGAAAAUACGGGAGUAAGAGGAACAAGAUCAAAGGUGAAGCUGGCAGUGGCACGGUAGAUUCUACAAGUGAGAUGGAAAUUGCAAGAAAAGAAAUGGGAUUGGAUUGGAUGCUUAGGUCUGAAAGUAAGAGGCCUGCAGUUCCAGAAACAGAGGAAUUGCCAGAGGAAGUUCCGGUUGAGGAGUCAAAGAAGGUAAAUCCUAAGGAACUGAAUCCAUAUUUGAAGGAUAAUGGAUGUGGUUACCCGGAAGAAAGUGAUGGAGCUAAAGUUGGUGCUGAACAACUUCUAUCUUCUUCCCUUGUUGGGGAUGGAGGCGCAAGUUGGAGACUUAAAGCCUUAAAGCGUGCACAAGAGCAAGCAGCUCGAGAAGGACGAAACCUUCAUGAGGUUGUGGAAGAAAGGUGGGGUUCUGUUGGUGAUUUGACUGUUUCUGUUGCAUCUCAUACAGCUGCCCCAGCUCGAGCUCAUCUAUGUGCUAUAAAAAAUAGACAAAGAGGGAUAACUGAAGAAAAUUCACCAGAUUCUGAUAAGCUUGGUCGAAGGGAUUCUAAAAGGGACUACUUAAAGGAUGUUUCUGUUAGGCGCCAUGAAAUGAAAGCACCUAAAGUUCAAGAUUCUUUAUCUUGGGGAAAGCGAAAGAGUCAACAAGUUGUAGCCGAGGGUGCUGGGGUCAUCUCGGCUGCAGUAUCUAGCCUAAACAAGUUUACUAAUGAUGGAAGCUUUAUGCAUGAUUUUGGCAGCAAGAUGAGUAAGAAUUCUGAUAGCUCUGUUUUGGGAAGUGCUGAAUUGGAAAAGGUUUCAUUGGAAGCAAAAACACCUGGAGAAAGCAGUGCCAUAGUCAAGAAUGAGAUGAGUGCAAACCAGUUAGCAGCUAAGGCUAUGCAACUUCGUCUGAAGGGAAAACAUGAAGAAGCUGAGAAACUAAUGCAAGAAGCAAAAGUUAUGAACACAAAGCAGGGAAAUCAAGAUCAUACAAUUAGAUCAAGAACCGAGGGAGGCUCUAGAAGGUAUGCUAUGCAGAAGAUAUCUGCUGAUCAGAAGAAAGGAGAGGAUGAUGCUGAUAUGCAUCUUGCUCGCAAGAUAAUGCAGAACAAGCAGUUUAGGGCUUCUACUCAGGCUGAUGAUGAAUAUGACUUUGAGGAUGGUCCAAGCAGAAAGAGUAGAAAGAAGCAAGGAGGUGAUGAUCACAAGAGUAUCCAAAACAAGACAAAUCGAUUCUUGACUCAGCAAGAGCGCUGCCUCUUUUGUUUAGAAAAUCCAAAUCGGCCAAUGCAUCUUGUUGUUUCAAUUGCAAAUUUCACAUAUCUUAUGUUGCCAAAGUGGCAGCCUGUAGUGCCGGGUCAUUGCUGCAUUUUACCAAUUCAGCAUGAAUCAGCUACAAGAUCGGUGGAUGAUAAUGUGUGGACAGAAAUUCGAAACUUCAAGAAGUGCCUAAUUAUGAUGUUUGCUAAGCAAGAGAAGGAGGUAGUGUUUCUUGAAACUGUGAUGGGAUUGGCACAGCAACGGCAUCAUUGUAUGGUUGAGUGCGUUCCUUUACCCCAAGAUAUUGCCAAAGAGGCUCCUUUAUACUUUAAAAAGGCGAUUGAUGAAGCUGAAGAUGAGUGGAGUCAGCACAAUGCAAAGAAACUUAUCGACACAAGUCAAAAGGGAUUGCGCAAUUCAAUUCCGAAGCAUUUUCCAUAUUUCCACGUUGAAUUUGGUCUAAACAAGGGUUUUGUUCAUGUGAUUGAUGAUGAAAAGCAGUUCAACAGCAGCCUUGGCUUGAAUGUCUUAAGAGGCAUGCUACAUUUGGCAGAGGAAGACAUGUAUAGGCGACGACGCUACGACGCAGUCGAGGUGCAAAAGCAAGCAGUUGCUACCUUUUCCAAAGAGUGGAAUCACUUUGACUGGACAAAACAGCUUCAUGAAGCGUCUUAACCAACAUUUUACAGAUUAGGUCCCUUUGACUUGUGAAUUAAAUUAAUAUAUGUUAAUAUUGCUUAUGAGUUAAAUAUAUGUUAACUGAUAGAAAUGAAUUUUGUAUUUGUAACCCCCCUCCUUAUUCCCAAAAGUUGAAAAGUGAAAUAAUUUUUAUUCGUUGUU